GUAAAGGGUGUCUAAUGAUCUAAACCCAAAAUCCAAUCAUCUUUUAUUUAUUUAUUUUUGCAAGCUUUUGCGCGUUGGAAUUUGGAGGCCAUAAAAAAGAUGCGAUGCUGCACGCAAACAACUAGUACAAGUCCAAGAAGCAAAGAAAGAUAGAAAGAGAAGAUUGUCCAAUUCUCUGGCUAACUAAUACUUCUUCAGUUUAUACAAUAACCUGUUUUUGAUAGCUAUAUAGAGUUCAAGCUUGCAAGCUUAAUCAUGGAACGGUACGAGAUAAUUAAAGAUAUUGGGUCAGGGAACUUUGGUGUGGCAAAGCUGGUAAGGGAGAAAUGCAGUGGCGAGUUAUAUGCUGUCAAGUUUAUUGAGAGAGGCUUCAAGAUUGACGAGCACGUGCAAAGGGAGAUUAUAAAUCAUAGGUCCUUGAAGCAUCCCAAUAUCAUUAGAUUCAAGGAGGUGUUACUUACUCCAACUCAUCUUGCAAUAGUCAUGGAAUAUGCUGCUGGGGGAGAACUAUUUGAAAGAAUCUGUAGUGCUGGUAGAUUCAGCGAGGACGAGGCAAGAUAUUUCUUUCAGCAAUUGAUUUCUGGAGUCAGCUAUUGCCAUUCAAUGGAAAUUUGCCAUAGAGAUCUUAAGCUGGAAAACACACUUUUAGAUGGAAGCUCAGCACCACGACUCAAAAUCUGCGACUUUGGUUACUCAAAGUUUUGUGUCUUUCUUCAGUCAUCUGUUCUGCACUCUCAGCCAAAAUCUACUGUAGGAACCCCAGCCUAUAUUGCACCGGAGGUCUUGUCAAGAAGAGAAUAUGAUGGGAAGGUUGCAGAUGUUUGGUCUUGUGGGGUGACCUUAUAUGUGAUGCUGGUUGGUGCAUAUCCUUUUGAAGACCCAGAAGACCCAAGAAACUUCAGAAAAACACUUCAGCGAAUUCUUAGCGUCCACUAUUCUAUUCCAGACUAUGUUCGUAUCACUAAAGAGUGUAGGCACCUUUUAUCUCGAAUAUUUGUGGCCAACCCGGAGAAGAGAAUUACCAUACCAGAGAUUAAAAUGCACCCAUGGUUCCUAAAGAACUUGCCAUUAGAAUUUAUGGACGAGGGUGAAGGGGUGUUGCAAAAUGAUGAGAAUGAUUCAUCUCAGAGCAUUGAAGAAAUUCUGUCCAUAAUUCAAGAGGCUCGGAAACAAGGUGAGGGCCCAAGAGUUGGUGAGCAAUUUGUUGGGGGCAGCAUGGACCUUGAUGAUAUUGAUGCAGAUGCUGACAUCGAUGAUAUUGAGACAAGCGGUGAUUUUGUCUGUGCAUUGUGAGUGAUGCUUGCAACCUUGCACUUUGCCCA